UGAGGAAAAAAAGACCGCAACGCGCAUGUGCCAACUUUUAUGUUGUUGUUCCUGGCGGUAAGAUGGCGGCGCUCGGAGACUCUUCAGCUCCGGGGGUGAACGGGUUAAUACAACAAUUUACAGCAAUAACAGGGGCCACAGAGAGUGUUGGAAAACACAUGCUUGAGGCAUGCAACAAUAACCUUGAGAUGGCCGUGACCAUGUUCCUGGAUGGGGGUGGGAUGGCAGAGGAGCCCAGCACCAGCUCCAGCUCGGCAGCUUCAAGCAGCAGAGCUCCCCCUACAGAUGAAGUACGAGCACCCAUUCCCCAGAAGCAGGACAUUUUGGUGGAACCUGAACCUCUUUUUGGAGUUCCAAAGCGAAGACGGCCUGCUCGAUCAAUAUUUGACGGCUUCAGAGACUUCCAAACAGAAACAAUCCGUCAGGAACAGGAGCUGCGGAACGGUGGAACAGUGGAUAAGAAACUUAGCACUCUGGCAGACCUUUUCCGUCCUCCUAUUGAGCUCAUGCACAAAGGGAGCUUUGAGACGGCUAAAGACUGCGGACAACUUGAAAAUAAGUGGCUAAUGAUCAACAUACAAAAUGUUCAGGACUUUGCUUGCCAGUGCCUCAACAGGGAUGUUUGGAGCAACGAUGCUGUGAAGAACAUCAUACGAGAACAUUUUAUAUUUUGGCAGGUUUAUCAUGACAGUGAGGAGGGACAACGAUAUAUCCAGUUCUACAAGCUGAACAAGUUUCCCUACAUUUCUAUUCUUGAUCCACGGACAGGUCAAAAAAUGGUGGAGUGGAACCAGCUGGAUGUGGCGUCGUUCAUGGAGCAGGCAACAGGCUUCUUGGCAGAGCACGGGCAGCUCGACGGGCCCACCUGCAACGCCCCUCCUGCCAAACGGGCUCGGGCAGAGAGUCUGAUUGAUGCCAGUGAAGACAGCCAGCUGGAGGCAGCGAUCAGAGCCUCCCUACAGGAGACCCACUAUGACUCUUCAAAUGUCAUUGAAGCCCCCGACUCCCCACGAUCAGAGGAUGAAUCCGAAGCUGAGCCUUUCUCGGACAGCGAGGGACCCAUCUCCGUUGACGGCUCAGACAGCGAAACGCCAGCGCCACACGAAGAGAGAAGUUCUACAAGCAAACACACAGCGAGUGCUUCGGUCACCACUGCCCAGCGUCUACAUCCUGAUAGUUCCACUUCCUCCCACAGAAAAUCCCCGUACAAAGAGAACAAUCACAGCCACAAAAAAGAGGAGAGCAAAAAGAACCACCUGGAGCCCCCAGCUCCUAGUCCACUUCCUGCUCCUCCUGAAGCAGACUCUGGAGGAAAUCACUGCUCCUCACAAAGCAAAAGCCCCGGAGCGUCCAACAUCAUCAGUACGACGUGCGACACGGACUGUCCUGAUGACAAUGGCCCUAAAGCCAGGUUGAUGCUUCGUUACCCAGACGGACAAAGAGAGCAGAUCUCCCUAUCCUCAAAAGCAAAGCUUUUGGCCCUGGUAAGACACGUCCAGUCCAAGGGUUACCCUAAUGAACGCUUUGAACUCGUCACCAACUUCCCCAGAAGGAAGCUUGCCCACUUGGACUAUGAGAUCACAUUGCAGGAGGCAGGGCUUUGUCCACAGGAGACUGUAUUUGUUCAGGAGAGGAACUAGCCACCCCAAAAACUUUCUCUUUCUGCUUCUGUAUUUCUAAUAGACUUCACCAUUUCACACAUCGACAACCUGGGCUGACGUUGAUGGCGAUACAUUCAGCUCUAAAGGAGGCCGCUUGUUGUGUCAGGGCUGAUGUUAAAGGGUUAACUUUGACUGAAUACUGAAAUCUCCACCGACAGUCUAAUGCCUUUAAAAUGUUAAAGAAUUGGCCAGUAUGGCUUUCAGAUAUCAGUUUUUUUCCUAAUGAUGUCUGUUCUGCACUAAUACAGCACAUUAGAGCAGAAAACACAAGGUCAUCUCCUGUUCAUAAAACCUCAAAUAACGAAUCACUAAUUGACUGUGGGCCACCAGAGACUUGUACAAAAAAUACUUUUACUUCCCAAAAUGUAGAUUAAAUGUCAGAGUUUAUUUUCUAGCUCUUCCUUGUUUCGUUUAUUCUGUAAAUGAACAAGUAAAGGGAGGUUGCUUUUUUUUUUUUUUUUCCCUUCAUCGUUUUUUCAAAUGUUGAAACUCAGAAUGCAGGAGUUCUUGAAGAACAGGUCCAGAAAUAGCAGUCGGACUAAAAUGUCUAUUAAUGCAGAAGGGAAUGAAAGGGAAGGUCGUGCAGCACAUUAGAGGGACCUACACCGUACACAGACAGCAUAAUAAGACUGACAUUUAGCCGUAGUCACUGUUUCAUUUCUAUUUUCUUUCUUUUUUAUAUGCUCCAGAGGAAAUAUGCUGAUGUUGAAAUAUACCCACAAAAAACUAAAAUAUUCUGUUUGAUCUUUUCUCAAAUAGUUGCAGGUUUUUAAUCAAAGGUCAAAAUGUAACUCGGGUUUUGAUGCGCAACUCUCAAGAAUGAAAAAAGGCUUCUGAGUUCUGGAGAAUUUUAGGCAGACUCCAUAUUUUCUAGCAAAAAUGUUUUUUGCUGUUCUUUUCACCACUGCUUGGUUUUGAUUUUUCCUUCUGGUGCCGAGACGGUUGUAUGUGGAAGCAAAUGUUUCGGCACUUAAACCAAAAAUUUUAAUCUGAACUUUUUCUUAUGAACAGCUGGUGGUGGUAUCGUGCCUUUAAAUGCCAACAACAAAUGUGAAGACCAUUAUUUAUAGUAAAAGGAAAGGUUUUAAAGGUUCUCGGCAAACACCCUGUUUUUGUGUAUGAUUUGUUUUUUUUUAUCCAGUUGAAAACCAGGGGCUGUCUGGUAACCUGAAGCUGUUCUUAAUUUAAACUGGUAAUACAGAUACGAUUGGUUUGUUGCUGUUGAACAAACAUGAUAUCCAAUUUAAAGGUGAUUUUUUUUUCUUUUUGUUUUAUUUUGGCUCAAAUCAGUCCUCCUUAGAGACCAGCGAAGAUGAACAUGACUCAUGAAGUGAUUAAACAAAAAAUAUAAACAGAAAUGUGUUGUCUAGCUAAGGAAAAGGAGUCUAGUGGUAGCGUUGCGUGUUUUAGCUAAAAUAACCUCAGAGAUUAGCUUCUUCUUCUACCAGCCUCUGACUUUAGUCAAACUUUUCCUCUCCCCGCUUCCACGUCUGAUGACUGAGGGGGUUCUUACACACCCUUUCAUGUUUUGGAUAAGAGCAGCCUGAACGGAACAUCGAUACAUGCCAGGAGCUGUAUGUUGACCUGAAAAAUCAUUUAAUAUGUCUCAGGUAAAGCUAAUAUUUGAGUCAAAAGUUAGAGGGUUGCUUUAAAGAGACCUUUAGACUGCUGAGUAAUGUCCUGUUAUCUGCUCUUGUAUGCUUUUACCCUUUUUAAAUGGGAUAUCAUGCAACAAAAUAUCCUGGCAGAGGCCUUCACAAGAUGACCUAGUUUUUAGAGAUCACCAGAAUAAAAAGAAGUAAAACUAGA